AUGCAGUUACGUCUAAGAGGCUGGCAGCCUCUUCGAUGUGCUCCCAGACGCCUUCAUUCUUCAGCCCAACCGCCACCAUGGCGACCUGCCUCCGCAGUGGAUGAAUGGGUGGAGCGCCCCAUCCGCCCCAUCAGUCUCCGUCAGUUGACCUUCUUCGGCCGUACCUUAACAGAGCCCCGACUGAUCAGCUCGGCAAACUAUGUGCGGACUGAGCUACCCACCCGUCUAGCACACCGACUGCGAGACAUCCAGCAGCUGCCGUACGUGGUAGUUUCCAACCCCCACCUAUCCCUCGUUUACGAGUUAUACUACAAGGCCUUUGAACGAUUUCGAGUUAUUCCUGAGGUUCGCAGCUUGGACGAUAAUGAUCGGUUCUGCGAUGUACUCAAAGAGAUGCUCAAGGAGCACCUAGUGGUGAUCCCCAACUUGGCGACCGGCGUCCUGGAAUGUCGCGAGCUAUUUCCACCUGAUGAGAUGGAUCGAUUUAUGAACACCCUGCUGCGAGCGAGGAUCUCUCGUCGCGUUAUUGCAGAGCAGCACCUGGCUUUGACUGACACAUUUAACUCCCCAUGGCAUUUCCCCGACUCGCACGAACGCACAGAUAUGAACGCAGACUUUGUAGGCGAAGUCUUUCUAAAAUGCAACGCAAAAGAGGUAAUUGAGCGUUGCGGGAGGGUGGCACAGGACCUGAUGCGACAAACAACUCAGUCUCCUCAGAUCCCCACCAUCAAUGUCCAGGGUCAUUUGAACGCCACUUUCCCAUACAUUCUGAGCCACUUGGAAUACAUUGUUGGUGAGCUGCUGCGCAACUCGGUGCAGGCUGUGAUCGAGAAGUACCACGAUUCUUCAGCGCCGCCGCCACCAAUUCAGGUACUUAUAUGCGAAACCCCUCAACACGUCAUCAUGCGCAUCUCAGAUCAGGGCGGUGGCAUUCCACGUGAGAUCCUACCCUAUUUGUGGUCUUUCAGCAAGGGACCCCGGACUCAGACGCGGCUAGAGAACCUGGGGCGGGUCCCCGCGAUGGCUGCCACAAUGCAGGAGUUAAAAGUGGGCGGGCGCAAGACAGAACCAAUAGGCUAUCAUGAGGGCUCCUUGGAUUCUCUGACCUCACGACCACCAAACCUACGAUUGGGUAUGGGCCUGCCGAUGAGUCGGGUCUACGCUGAAUAUUGGGCGGGCAGUUUGGAAUUGCAUAGUUUGGAAGGCUACGGAGUGGACGCCUUCCUACAGAUCUCGAAGCUAGGAAACAAAAACGAGCAAGUGACGACACGUGCAGCUAUAGACGCUGUGUGA